AUGCAUUCGAGUAACAAAAAAUCUUUAGUUCCAUCAGUUAACACUUCUCAUUUAACAUGGAAACCGAAAACUUAUCAUCGUCGGUGGGAUGAGAUAUGGAAUUACUGUACUAAUAACAAAUGUCCAUAUGUUCCUGCAUCUGCUAUGCAGUUACUACGACAUCUGGAACAAGGUCAUCAGGAAUUUGUUAAUAUUAAUCCGCUUGUUGUGCUUAUAGAAACACGUCCAAAAAGCGCUGAAAAUAAUGGCAGCAUGAUAAAUCUUGCAAUAGAUUAUGGUGAUUACCUGAUGAGUCGUUUUUAUGUCCCCCUUGCAGUAAAUAUGUCCAACUCGUCUUUAAGUAUGCCAGAAUACUCUUGUUCUGUAUGUGGUCGGAUUAGCAAGAGUCAGAGGGCAUUAAGUAAUCACCUUGAACGGUGAGUGUAUACAUACAUCUAAUAUACUCAUUUUUUCGAUUGAUAUGUCAGUUUGUAAAAUAUAUCAUCCUUCAACAUUUUGUUCUAGACAAAAGCGGUUCUUGUCAUUCUUUU